UUCCUCCAGACAAUCCCACAACUCAAUGCGGUGAAGAUGGCGGCGGUUUUAGAAAGGAGUUUCAUAGAAAUAUGUGGAUUUGAGAGGGAAACCCUACCGAGAUUCCGGGAGAUAACUGUAAACCUAGGUCUCAAUGCUCUUCCUGGUGGCGUGAAGUAUCCAGACAGCGCAGGAGGCUUUAGCUAUGAGGAAAGUGGGAAACUCCUGUCCAUCACCAGCAACAGAUUCGUACACUGGUCCACCUCAGGGGACACUGUUCAGUUGGUAGAGCAGUCUCUGGACACCAACCUACUGAACAACGCUGUCAAGCUCAAGAUUACAAACUGCCACCUGCUGCCCGGAGGCGUACACUUCCAGGAGACCCUCAACAAUGUCGUCAUCCUCAUCGUCACCAACCAGACUGUACAUCGGCUGGUGUUGCCACACCCCACGCGCAUGUACCGCAGUGAGCUGGUGACCGAGCUCCAGAUGCAGUCCAUCUUCACCGACGUGGGCAAGCUGAGCCUACAGGACCCGGCCCACAGCGCGGUAAUCCCCGGGCCCGCGGGCCAGACGGCAGGACCCACGGCCUCGGCAGCCUGGCUCAGCCACCAGGGAGAGGCCCACUAUGCCCUGGCGUCACCCGCCGGGGGCCUCCUGGUGGUCACUCUGCCACCACACGACACACAAGGCAGCGUGAGCAUCCUGGAGCUGAAGAGGAGCUCUGUGAUGCAGAGACUGGCUGGAUGGAUGCCGACUGCCAUCAGAGGUGAGCAAAGUCCUGGGGAUCUGGCUCUGAGUCUGGCUGUGAGGGAGCUGGAGGACGACACGUUCAUCUUUGCUCUUUGUCAGGACCAUAAACUACGCCUGUGGUCCUACAGGGAGCAGGCCUGCCUGAUGGAGACUGACAUGUUGGAGUACAUGCCGGCGUGUGCUGGCGUGAGACGCUCGCCAGGCCAGGGCCACCGGCUCCGACUGUCCUUCUCCUCCUCCACGGGGCUGUGCCUGGCUGUGUACCUGGCCGUCCCCUCCAGGGGACAGUUCACCGUGCUGCAGCUGGUGGCCGCCGACAACCGCUACAGCCUGGACCACAUCUCCUCGCAGUUCGCCACGCAGGAAACCCUGGUGGACUUUGCUCUUACCCCCACGGAGAUCUGGGGCCUGUGGUUGGAUGAUGCCAACCAGACUGUUGUCAAGUACAUCAACGUUGAACAUUCCACAGCGGGCCAGUGGAACCAGGUAUUCGUCCAGCCUGCCCCAGAGGAGGAGGUCCACAUUGGGGCUGACCAGGACCCUAGGGAGACCUAUCUAGACAUGCUGUUCUCCCCUCUGAGGUUCACUGCCUCUGCUAUAGUCAAGGCCCUACAGAUCUACAGGAGAGGUACCGAGCGAAUCACUGACCUCCCUUGGGAGACUCUGAAGAAGGAAGUGACCGUGGCUGUAGAGAAUGAGCUCCAGAGCAGUGUGACAGAGUUCGAGUUCAGCCAGGAGGAGUACAGGCAGCUGCAGGUGGAGUUUUGGUCGAAGUUCUACGCCUGUUGUCUCCAGUACCAGGAGGCUCUGGCCACACCCCUCGGCCUGCUGCUCAACCCAUACACACACAUGGUCUGUGUGCUCAAGAAGGGUUUUGUGUCCUUCCUGUUGCCCUGCUUUGCAGUGGAUCACCUGUAUCUGUCCUUUGACGAGUACCUGUUUUCUGAGGAGGACACGCCCGUGGCUGAUGACCCCGAAGUGGGUCGCGAUGUGCUUGGGCUUGUCCAGUGUCUGAGGCUGGUGAGCGAUGCAGUGCCAGGGGACAUGGCCUACGAGAUGGAGAAGGCCCUGGAGCAUCUACAGACACCCGAGAGGGCUGCUGAGAUGGUGCUAGAGAAUCUGCUGGCCAAUGACAAUGAAAAUGUAAUCGAGGACAUUCAGAACAAGCUGCAGGACAUCCGUAACCCGGUGGCAGCCAUGACCGUGCUGAUCAGAGAGAUGGACCUGGAGACAGACUCAGACCCAGGAGGGGAGAGGCCUCUAACUACAGGCCCAUCCCUGCCCGUGCGGCUCAGUCUGGCACAGCUCUAUGGCAGCAGCAUGGCAGUGGCUGUGGUGUGUCAGGCUGUCUGUCAGAUGGCAAUGACCAGGGCCCUCUUCUGUCGGGACCUGCUCAUUCUGCAGCAGCUGUACCUGCGCCUCGGAGACAAUGUGUUCCUGGGUGGAGGAGCUCAGCUGCUACAGCUGCAACAGGACCUGAUUCCUCGCAGCUCUCAGCUGCUGUCCUCCUACUAUCUCCUGAAACACAUCAGCCAAAGUCUGGCCACAAGUGUGCCUGUCGACAUGAUAGAUGCUAACCUGCAGCACCUGUCUGUUCUGGAGCUUUCUGAUUCUCCCACCGUGGCCAGCAACCAAUCAGCCCUGAGCCCCCAGACUGUGGUGGAGCUGUUCUACCAGAGUGUAGCGCGGAAGGCCAUAAUCACCCAGAUAUACACCCAGAACCAGAGUCACUCCCCGGGCACGGCCCUGCUCCACUGGCCCCACAUGGUCUCCAAUGUGGUCACCCUGCUGGCUCAGCAACUCUGGCCCAAUAACCCAGGUUUUCAGUUCCCCGAAUGUCUGAUGGGAAACUGCCAGUACACAGCACUACAGGAGUAUGUGCGUCUCAUUGGGCCCUGGUGUCACAUGAGUGUGGGCUCCUGCCGCUUUAUGCUGGGACAGUGUUACCUGGCCAAUGGAGAGGGAUACAAGGCGCUGCAGUGUUUCCAGGAGGCAGCCACUGAGGUGGAGAAGGAGGAGUUCCUCCUCAGAUUGACAGGAGCUGAGGAGGAGCCAGUAGCCGCUGCACCGAGACUACAGUACUACAACAAGGUGCUGCGAUUGCUGGAGGACGUUGGUCUCCCGGAGUUGAUCAUCAAUCUGGCCACUCUGGCCAUAACUGAGGCAGUGGAUGACCCCAGGAGUCAGGCUGCUUUGUGGACCCGCAUCUUCAAACACCACCUGGAUCUGGGCCAUAACAGCCAGGCCUACGAAGCCCUCACCCAGAACCCCGACUCCAGCAGGCAGUCGGACUGUCUACGUCAACUAGUGGUGGUUCUCUGUGAACGUUCUCAACUCCAGGAUCUGGUCCAGUACUCCUACGUGAACCUGCACGACGAGGUGGUCAGCAUCAUCGAGUCCAGGGCCAGAGCUGUGGACCUGAUGUCCCACAACUACUACCAGCUGCUUUACGCCUUCCACAUCAACCGGCACAACUACAGGAAAGCGGGUACGGUGAUGUUUGAGUAUGGCAUGCGUCUGGGAAGGGAGGUGAGGACCCAGCUGGGUCUACAGAGGCAGGUCAAUUGUUACCUGGCCUCCCUCAACUGUCUUCGCCUCAUCCGACCGGACUACGCCUGGAUCGUACAGCCCUCCUCUGGAGCUGUGUACGAGCGACCUGGUGCGUCGCCAAAGAGGACCCACGACGGGGAGUUAGCCGCUGGGCCGGUCAGCGGUCAGGUGGACAUCCUGGAGCUCAAGGACCUGCAGAAGGAGUACAUACUGGCCCGUAGCCGCCUCAGCCUAGCCCAGCACCACCCCCCCUCAGCCGCCAUCGCAGGAAGUGCCUCUGCAGGGGAGAUGGUGUCCCUGCUGGUCCAAAUGGGACUGUUUGACUGUGCCGUCUCGCUCUGUCAGACGUUCAAACUCUCCCUGACACCUGUCUUUGAAGGGCUUGCCUUCAAGUGUAUCAAAUUGCAGUAUGGAGGAGAGGAGAGUCAGAGUGAAGCCUGGACCUGGUUGGCUGCCAACCAGCUGUCAACUGUUAUCAUAACCAAAGAGUCAAGCGCCACAGACGAGGCGUGGCGCCUGCUGGCCUCCUAUCUGGAGAAGCAUCCUACCCAGAAUGCCCAGCACCAUCGUUCUGUCAUCAACAAGUUGCUGUCACAUGGUAUUCCAUUGCCUGACUGGCUGAUCAAUGACUACAAGGGGGUGGACGCUGCAGCCUUGUUACGGCUCUACCUGAACUACGACCUCCUGGAGGAGGCAGCGGAGCUGGUGUUGGAGUACGUGGACGCUCUUCUGGGGAAGGGACACCAGUACUUUGGCAUUGAGAGGCCCCUCUCGGCUACGGCACCGUUGGUGUGGCUCCCAUACACGUCCAUAGACCAGCUCCUCCAGGCGCUGAACGAGACCCAGACCAACGUCUGUGUGUACAACAGGCUGCAGGACAAGCUGAAGCACUACCACAAGCUGUUGGACCAGACGACGAGGCGACGGCUCCAGGCCCUGUAGCAUUCGUCAGCCGGGACCACAGUACUUCCUGCAUCCAGGUUCUACCCUGUUCCCAGAGCGCUGGAAUGGUCUCAAGCCACGAGCUCCGGCUUGAAGGACGUUUCCACCGUCUGUCUUUAUGUUGGAUGGAUGUGCGCGGCUCAGGGGGACUGUUCAUGUCCUGGAAAUACAGCCCCUUCACAGCGCUACCCAACUAGAAGAUUGGAAUGUGGAAAAGACUCAUAGAUUCUUGUAUUUUUGUAUUAAGGGUAAAUUAAGACUUGUUUGUAUAGACCUAUCCAGAUUUUGUGUUGUCUGAUCUCUAGUUGAUGUCCAGUUCUGUCCACGCGGGCCCAGGAAUGUGGACAUGAGGGAUUGGUCUUUGAUUCUUCUUGUUGGUCUUUAAUGUGUGUAUAUAUUGUCUGAAUUGUAACUGUAACAAUUUACAAACGGAAUGUAUUUUUUUAGGGUUACAAUGUUGUCAUUUCAACUUUUGUACUUUGCUGCCUGUGAACUUUUACAAUCACGUUUGUUGUAAUUGUCAUGCAAUUAAAGUUUUUCUUGGUAACGAAG